AUGAAUAACGAAAGCGGAACCUCUUUAGCAUCGAAUCGAAAGACGCGAACAUUUUCUGAAAUACUUAGCGAUAAAGCGAAGUCCGGACAACGAAUUGGAUAUAAUUUACACCAAUAUCUGGACGGAGAACUCGACAAUGAGAAAGAAUUGAGAUUUGAUCAUGAUCGUAAUCAUUAUGAGUUCUAUGAGAUAUUGAUCUAA